UGGUAAAUCAGGUGAGGUUGGUGUUUUUUCUGGCUCUUUCUGAUUGGUUGGAGCAUGAAGCUUCGGUUUUUCGGUGCUGAGCUCCUGUUUUUACGUAUUUAUGAUUUUAUUUAAUGCGAACGUCACAAACGUUUCCUCCCCCCGCGGAGCUCCACAGUGGACCGACCCGGGCAACAGGAAAACAUCCUCCUCCUUCUCCUCCUCCUCCUUCUGGGGUCACAGCAGCCCCCAGCCCUGGCUUUAAAACCAGCCAGCCGCCACCUCCUCCUUUUUCUCCUCCCUCCACCCUUCCUCCUCCUCCUGUCGAGGCUGUGAGGACGGAGCGCCUCCUCUCCUCUCAUCUCCGGUCAGCCUGAUUCUCCUGCUCGGAGGGCCGGGUGGCUGAGGCAGCAGCCUAAGCAGAGAAGCCCAGACCAUCCCUCUCUCCGGCCACCUCCUCCAGCUUAUCUGGAGACACAAUCUCUCCAGCAUCUCCUGGGUACAGAGGAGGCCCCAGGAGAUCUUAUGUGCAUUGUUCAAAGAAAACAGUGAUGAAGAAACUGAAGCUGAAAUCAGACGUGUUAAAAACCCUGGAAGGGCAGAGGUGAACCAUCAUCUCUGAGGUCACCGGAAACGUUUGAAACUGGAUUUUUUUUUAAAUCAGGAAAUCAUUAGCAUCAGUGUAGCCAAUCAGAAACAAGGAGUUUACAGGGAGAAGGUCACAUGGGCUGAUCCAGAUUUACCCUGCUUCAGAGCGAGGGGGACAGCAGGGUAAGAAGUGAUGCUCCCACCAUGCCUCGGGCCUGUUGUACCAGCCUGUGUGGGCAGGUCUGAGGUUGCUUCAGGUGGUCAGGUCAGAGGUCAGCUGACUGAGUUGAAGGAGGCUGGUUUCUCCUUUAGAGAUUCCUUCUUCCUAAUGGUACAGACGUACUCCAAGAAGAUCAAGCUGGGAUUUAUCAAGUCCAACUGGAGAUGACUUCACCCCAUGGUCUGACUCCAUCAUUACCAAAAAACGAGCAGAAACAGAAACAAACUCUGUGAGCUCAUCAAAACAAAGCCAUGGCCACCAUUAAACUUCAGUGCCCCCCCUGGGUUAUGGUAGAUGGGCCCUCCUCCCUGAUCCUGGUUUCAUCCAGUUAAAAGGGAGUUUUUCCUUUCCACCAUCGGCAAGUAUAUCAUAGGUGUUCAUCUGAUUGUUGGUGUUUUUACAUCACAGUAGCUCUUUGAGGCAACCAUUGCUUUGAUUUGGCACUGUAUAAAUUGAAUUAAGGAGCUCGUUAACAGAAGCAGGUGUUUACAGCAGGUUUCUUCUCGGCCUUUAAGAUAAAUUAAAGCUGCUGGAUGAGUUUAUACUGUUUGACCUCCUGCGGGAGGAUCUGAGCGUGCUCCUGGGUAACGUUUGGAGGAGAACCGUCACUGUGACUCUCACACAUGUUCACAGAUCAAGUUCAGCUGAGGUCGCUCUCCUCUCACUGAUCUGGUGUCAGAUUUUAUGGUUGGACAGCGAUGGAGGGGGGGGAGGGUGAAGCUGCUCUGCUGACUCUGAGGACAAGCGUAACCACAGCAGCCGUUAGCAGCGGCUGGGCGUCGCCCGGCUGGGCAAGCUGAUAAACAGCAGAGGGGAGGGGGAGGAAGGGAGGAGGGCGACGAGAUGAAAGGAGAUGGUGGGGGACGGUCAGAGGAAGGAUGGAGGAUAUCCUCCCCCAGCUCUCAUGUUGUUUAGGUAGAAGGUGUGCCCCCUCCCCUCUGACAGCCUCGCUGUGACUCUCCAGCAGUCGUCCGUCCUCAGCAGCUCCAAACACCGUCUGAGCCGUGAGUAACACCUUUAAUGCUGAACGCUCUUCAUCAGGACGCUGUCACACAUCCUCACAAAGCUGCAGCACCUUCAUAUACACUCGAGCUCGUUUAUCACUGUCAGACUUUCAGCAUCAACACAAAGAUUCAGAUAUUCACUUUACUGUGUCUUGAAGUCACCACGGCAACCCAAACAUCACCACAAGUCUGUGUCUACUUUCUGAAACUCUUCGCAGCCAAUCAGAGAGCUUACUGGAGACAGCAAACUGAGAAAUCUGCUUAAAUCAGGUCGGAGCGACUUUCGUGUCCGCAGCUAUGCAGAAGGUGGAGGGACGGGUAACUCCGGUCAACCUGCCGUCCUCGAGGGGCCCGAGCACCCCGGGGUCUCCGGCGACGGGCAUCGUGACCCGUGUCAAUGACCAGGUGGUGGGCUACAGAGACCUGGCGGCGCUGCCCAGAGAUAAAGCCAUCCUGCAGGUGGAGAGACCGGACCUGAUGACCUACCAACCCCACCUGAGCUUCUCCCCACUCGACCCGCCACGCAGAGAGAGAUCUCUGUCUCCUCCAUCCACAUCUCCAGCCUUGUCUCCAACCAUGUCUCCUGAGGUGAAGGGGCGCAGAGCAGAAAGUGAGAGCGGUUCUCCUGGAGGAUCCACGCUGCAGCUGCAGGCUGGACGCAAGAUCAGCACGAGCCUGCAGCAUUUCCACCGACCAGAUAACGGGACCAACAUUUACAGGAAGCCUCCUAUCUACAAACAGGACGCUCACAAACACGGCGAGGGCAGCGGCGUCAUCCAGUCAGCAAAGUUUCCCGCAGCCCAGCCGCCAGAUCCCAACCAGCCUUCCAAGAUUGAGACCGAGUACUGGCCCUGCCCACCCUCACUGGCCGCCAUGGAGAUUGAGUGGCGGAAGAAGAAGGAGCUGCAGGAGGAAGAUGAGUUUGAGGACCUCACAGAAGAAGCGAAGACGCUACAGGAACAGGAGCUGGAGAAGAUCAAGUCCAACCUGGGCCGUCUGAUCCUGAAGGAGGAGAAGGAGAAAGCCGUCCACUUCAGGAGGAAGACACAGUCAUUGCCCGACAGAACGCACAUGCAUGGCAGUUUGUCAGCAGGUGCCUCGAAGUCUCCAUCACGCUCAGGAUCAGGCCUGACCCGAAUGCAGUCGGCAGAGUUUUCCACAGAUGGCGAUAAAGGACGGCCAGCUGCUCAGAAUGGUGACACUCGCAGGGAGCGCAUGGACCGAGGAAACUCUCUGCCGAGCAUCCUGGAGCAGAAGAUCUACCCCUACGAGACACUGGUUGUGACCCACAGAGGGCGCUGUAAGCUGCCUCCAGGCGUGGACCGCACUCGGCUUGAGCGGCACCUGUCCCCGGAGGAGUUUGAGCAGGUGUUCAGGAUGCCGAUGGCCGAGUUUGAACGCCUCUCGCUGUGGAAACGAAAUGAACUGAAGAAGAAAGCCUCGCUUUUCUAACAGGAAGUGACCUCAUCCCAACAAAUACUUGAUGAAGCUUUUAAAGUAGGAGGAGUUCAAAUAAAAUAUCCAAUCAGCAGACACACACAGAGCCAAUCACCUCAUUCCGACACGUCCUCCAUCUUACUAACCGUGCUCCUGGAAGCUUGCCGAGGAGCAGACCGGUCCUGGUUAACCCUUUACUGCGACUAACCUUAAUCGAUACACUGAUUACCUGUGCCGCGCAUAUAAUCACCACUGCUUACAGGUCACCACAUUAUCUUCAUCAUCUUCAUCACAUGUAAUCUCUGUAGCUCUGUCUCCUCACGUGGAUUAUUCCCAGCUCCGGGUCUGAUCCACGUCAGGGACCUGCUGCGGGUCCCUCAGAUUUCACGCCAUCUUCAGAUGUUACGCUAACAUGAAGCUGCUUCACUUUCAUCCUUGUAGUUAGACAGUUAGAUGGGAUUAUUAUUGGAAUAGUAAAAAUGAAAAUGACCUCUUACAGCUUUCCCAAUCAUUUCCAGGUCUAGGAAAGUCAUUAUGGACACCUCAUAAGGAUUUGCGGAAAGAUCAGACCUCAAUCUCCAGCAUAUCCUGGGUCUGUUAGUCAAACCUCAGAUUCAGGAGGAUCAUGAUCGUUAUUCAGAGAGCUUUCUUUUUAGUGACAGCCCGUUAUCACGGGCUCAGCACAUUCUGCUGAUGAAGGAAGCCUGCAGCUCUUCCACGAUCCUUCACAAAUCUACAGAGCAGCUCUGGGAGUUGCAGAGGCUUCAGGAAGUCUGAAACCCUCCGGGCUGCUUCAGGCUGGCUGUAAUUCCCCUGGAGGCCCAGCUGAGGGCGCUCUAAGCUUGCCAUCAGCCUGUUCUGUCAGCUGCAGAGAAGCAGGCUGCUCGUGGUGAUGAUUGUGGUCCUGCAGCUUCAUGGUAGCGGGCCGGGUCUAACAGCUGAUUGUAUGAUUAACCACAUGCAGCUUUUAUUUAUUGGACGAUUGUAUUUUUUCUGCAUUUGUCUGCUACUGUGAAGCGUUUUAUUUUGAAAAUCUUGUUGAAAAUAUUUUUGGCUGUAUAGUUUUUUUUUCUGUUUUUAAAUAUUACUCCACGUGGAGUUCAGACCACACACACACACCUGCAGUUCCUGCUAGCUCACCUGGUGUCACCUGUGCCGUCUCAUCCGUCCCUCGCAGUCCUGUUUCUGUCCUCUGAUAUAACGGAGACCAAUAAACUUGCAGAGUAA